CGAUACAAUAGCACUUGCCGUCCUAACUUGUCAUUGGUUGAGAUUAUAUAGUUAAGUACAUUUUAUCGCUGCUCGAAGCGCUUGCGAAAGAACAGACACAAUGGGAUGGCGAAAGUCUUCCCUCGUGGUUCUCCUCCUGUACCGUGAGAGGCCCUAGUACGUUGUACUUCUGUGAGUUUCACUCUUGAAAAACCUCCAGCAAAGAACUCACCAAGAAAAUGUCCAGUACCACGAUGAAAACCAAACUUGUAGAAAACAGGGACCGCGCUGCAACUGGCUUGCCUGUUGCAGGCAAAAAUGGUGGCGCCUCCGCCGAGAAGGAGUACGGGCAGACGGAUGUUUAUGCGGAAAAUUUAACAACAUCGCCACCUGACUACUCCCUGCACUGGCUUCUGGUGGCCAUUGCCGUCCUGAUACAGUUUUGGCAAGGGAAAUACAUUCUGUCCAUCCACUGCGGUUGCAGCGAGUUAUCAAAUGUAUAACCGGGCAUCUUUCACGUUCUUCACGUUCAACAGCGCAUGCAUUUUUACAAAAGAACUUUUGGCUGCUCGUAACACAACGUACAAAUUGUACGGUUGAAAAGAUUUACAUUUGCUUCGUGUCACACACUUCACAAGGACGACCUCGUCGCAUCGACGAUCAUGGUGACAGACCAAGAAUCUUUUUUCGUGGAACUUCGCGUAACCCGACUGCAGCGGCACAUGCCCGUCCGUCGCGGCGCUACGCAGUGGGUUUCAGGGUAUCGGACCUGAUCCACCACCACCUAUUUUCACGUUGAGUACUAUUAUGAAAAACUGCGAAGAUCGAUGAAGAUAGUCCUAGUUUUGCAGCGGAUACAGAACGAGCCAAAGUGCGGUGGGCGACUCUGGUGCAGCUGGAGCGGCUGCAAGUAGCAUCGCACCUCAGCAGCUGUCGCACGCAAAAACGGUGCUCAAUCGAGUGGCCCAGUAUCAAAACCGGGCCAUCCCCUUCCCCGAUGCAGCGGUGCUCGGCGGAAGUGGAACAGCACAUGCGACGGCAGCGAGUAAUGCAGCAGCGGCAUCCGCGAUGAAUUUGAAUGCAGCAAGGCAAACGAGCGGUGGCGGCGUGAAACGGCGGCGAAGGAGAAGGAAAAGCAAAACUACGAGCAGCGAUGAUGGUAAUAAAACCGUGGGGAAAGAAGAUAUGCAAGUGAAACCUAGUACAGCUGGCAGCGCAUCGUCGCCUGGAGUACGCGAACAUUAUCAGCAGGGGGACCCAGCAUCAAAAACGCACGUCAAUGUGGUGCGCGGGAAUGACAGCGGAGGCGCAGCCGAAGUCCGCUCCGCGACGGUGCGACCAGAACUUCUGCCCACAAAAGCGCACAGCUUUAACCUGCUAUCUUGCGUAAAAACGUCCCCACCCCAAAGUCCUCAUGCCAAUCUGCAUCCCUGAAAAAAAAUGCUUCUUAUGCCUGAAAAAAUAAAGUCGUGUACAUGAAUAAAGGUAGGAUCCUGGAUCUGUGACGCUGCAGCACUAGCUAAACACGAGUGCAUACCAAGCCGAGCGAACAACUUGCUUCUCUCGCGCAACAAACAAAAGAAGUGGAAGCUUUGUAUUCGCAGACUUUCUAUCUCGACUCUGGCGCAGGGACGUUUUUGCACAGGAUCCCUGCUCGAUUUUCUUCUCAAUCGUCACCCGCGUGGUAUUGGUGUUGUUCUCGGAGUGGGCCGAAAUCCGCUGGCGCUUUUGCAUUGCAAAUAUGUCUGGGUCUAGAAAAGUUGAAACUUGUCAUGCGAAAAAGUCUGGCUGGCAGACUGAAUCUAUGUUGCGUGAGCGCAAAAGUUGCCCGCCUCUUGCGAUGUUGCAGCAAAAGGCGGAUUUAUCAUACGGGAUAGGCAUGAGCAAGGUCUCGCAAAAUCUAUGAUCUUUUUUGUACAAUCCAGACCAGGUGUCGCGUGGUCUGCGAAAACUUAAAGUCUUGCACUCUCCUAGAUCCAGACAUAUUUGCAUUUGAUAGCGCUGGACUUGCUGCAAAGCUGGCACACGAGUCCGGGCCUCUACCUGGUGGACCCCUUCAUACACAUUUACCGUAUCAACCUGCAGAAAAAAAGCGUGCACCACACCGAAUUUCGAAUCCAAUAACAAUGAACUUCUCUCCAUACUAGCACCCUCAGGUUGUUCCGUUCAUUUACACAAGAGAGGUUUUGUUCCUCUUCCUCCCGCUCCUGUUCAAUAUGGUUGUAAGUAAUUAGCCGCGCGCUCCUAUAAUUCAACCUCGUAAUUUAUUUUUUUGCAUGAGAAACAUACGAUGCUAUGGUGUAAGUAGUGCAAACCUCCUGUUUCUGUGGUGAUACUCCAAGGCUACGACGAGCCCGAGAACCUGUCCGACAUUGAGCACCAACGGGUUAUCGCACUGGGAAAAUGAUCCUGAUAUCACUUUUGUCAUGCGAAAAUGGUAGAAAACUGCCACCGGAAAAAGACAAGUUUUUCUUCCAGAAAGAAAAAAAACCCUGUCUUUCAUACCGACUAUAGUUUACAUCGAUGGGUCACUCCGUUGUCGUCCUGGUUCCUCCGUGCUGGGUCUUAGUCUUUGUCUUUCUCCUGUAUUGAUGCAUGUAAAUACUUACUUGUCAGUAACCAGGUUUCUUUUUCGAAACGAUAAGCCUGUUCGAGGACCUGCGGAACAAAAUUCACCGAUUUGAGGGAAGGUAUGUUUGUGCUGGUGGUCAUGUGGCAAGGAACUGUGCAGUGAGUCCCCCCUAGCACACUAGCAAGGCACCAAAAAUGCAAGUGCCAGUUUCUACUUUGCGAAGUAGAACUACGAUAAGAUGUGCGUGUAAUGAGGAUCAUCUUAAUCAUCGGUCGGUACUUUUUCUCGUCUCAGGUACAGCCUCAUGCGCGACUUCUCGGAGUCGUUCGCAGUAACCUGGCGCCACAACCCGCUGCAACAGCCGUAUGGUGAUGAAGACGAUCGGGUCAUUUGUCAUUCUGGCAGGAAAAAAAUGGAAAUACUGCACCGAAUUAUUCCUCAAAGCUGAAGCAAGACUAAUAAAGUCUGUUUAAAUGACAUAGACAAAUGCAUGCUGGUACGCAACGAAUAUCAUCAUGAACGUCAUAGAAUUGUACGGAGCAAGAACUGGGACAAGAGCAGCCAAUUCAUACAUUAUCUAUCCACCUCGAGGACGCGCCAGUGAUACCCGCCAUUUGUUUGUGAAAUAAAGGCGUUUUUAGGGAAAGACAGCAACUAGUACCAAGAACGUUGAAUGUUAGCUACUUCACUUUCCCUUCCGACUGUACAAGAAGCGCGUGCGCUCUUGAGACAAAGACCCGGACGAUAGUUUUCCCGGUACACCUGACCCCCGCCACUGAGUCUGGUGUACAUAGACAACAACCCCGCGAAAGAAGCCGUGCUGCGUGACCUGUCCGAUUGGUGGCAAGCGCUCGGCCCCGGAGGGAUCAUCUGCGGCCCAAACUGGAGCAGGAAAGCGGGGGUAUAAAGCCUUAAUAUGAACAAAUAGAAUCUUCUCCAGUUUUUUUUUCCAAAUCCAGUAUCUGAUAUGCCUGACCUUAUCGUUAAGUACCGCACUGCACAUGCGUGGUCUGCGUCUGCUGCGCAACAAGAACCCCAAAAAAAUAAGAAAGCAUCGUGGUGCCUGUCACUGUUUGAUAUUGCGAAGAUGGGAGGGACAUCAAUGAUCCAUGAUUAUUAUCAAACCAGGUCCAGCAAGCGGUGUCGGAGUUCGCUGCGGCAGUUAUCAAAAACAUCGAAAGAUUUAGAUUUUCGUUGUUGCGCACUCUUUUGGGGUCGCUCUUUGCAUCAUUUCACAAGAACUCCCACUCCCCGGCGUCACAACUCCUAAAUGACCGCUGCAAAGAUAAGAAAGUCUCAAGAACUGACAUCAUUGACAUCGAUCUGGCCCAAUCUUCUAGCACUCGCUGUAGGGAUCAGCCGUCGGAGAUGCUACGAACGAAAAACGGAAGAAACGGAAACAAAAAAUCUUUCCAAACCCCAUAUCUUUCAACCGUCCGAUCCAGCUCUUCCAAGACCAAGACACCUGGUUUCUGGAGUCGUGA